GAUGACGUAAUCACAGGGCGUAUUUGAAUUGACUGUUAUCGUUAGAAGUGAAGGCUCAGCUACUGUGUUCAAGUGAAACUUCAGAGAUAUUCGUCUUUAUAAAACAGUUGAGGGAGAUCACCGAUGGACUCUGUGGAGGAGGAGGAUGUUUCUGCUCGAGUUUUACUCAGAAAUGUUCUGCACACAGAAACCCAGCGCUCUCCAGUCACCAGGAGCACGUCCCGUAAUCAGUACCUGUCACGUGUACGGAGGAGCUCCAGACUGAGGGACACUCCUGAGAUGCCUCACGUCGCUCUUCGUCACAAACUUAAGCAAAAAGUCCACGAAUCGGCCGCUAAGUCUCCGCUCCCACCCAGUAAACGUGCGAGGUCUCAGGGCAGGAUGCUGAGUACACCGGCGGUGCUUCCCUCUCCUGCGCUGUAUGAUGAUGAUGUCACACCUCGUGGGCUGCUCAGGGGCAUCAUCCAGACCGAAGCGGAGGCGUCUCUGCUGCUGUCCAGUCAGACUGCGGUACCUCAAGCGGAUCAGCAGGACGUCGAGGCCAGUAUCCAUAGCAACAGACGCAGUGAUGGCAUGUCGGGACUCGAGCUGCCUGACUUGGCCACAGAGCCACUGACUCACGUUAUCCGGGGGAUGAGCCGCAGGAGGCCGCCGCCCACUUUUAACGUCUCAGUUUUCGAGAAACAGCUGGACCAACCAUCAGGUGAAGAAGAAGAGAUGGAGGUCUCUCAGGAGAAUUCGGAUGUCAGUAAGGAGCAGGAUCUCUCUGCUGGCUCCAAAAGCGUACUCAGCCUCACCUUAAAGACUCCGUUCGUGAGCCUUCCGUCUGAGAGGGCGGGGCUGAUGCGAAGAGCGGCCGGACGACGGAAGCAGCUUUCUGUGGACGCGUUUGACCAAGCCGUCCAGAAACGUUUAGAGAGACAGGAUGACCAAGAUUAUACAGUAGUGCAGGACGGGAGAACUCUUCAGGACUCAGCCUGGCAGAAGUUCACGCUGGGUUUGAGUAACGUCACGGUGCCGGAGAUCACCACAGACAUGAUGAUGAGCAACACGGAGCUCUACGCCCAUCCACAGUCCUCCGAGUCCGAGCUGAGAGACGCUGAUGGAGGGGUUCUGGAGGGUGAGAUGAAGAGAGACGAUGGUGAUGGUGAUGUCAGAGAAGAACUGCAAGAUCAGGAAAAGGUGUGUGACAGUAACAUCUCUAAACCUCAGCCAGAUCCUUCAGAACACCUGGAACCGGAUUCUCUGAGUCAGGAAGAGGAGGAUGAAGUGGAAAUGAUUUCUCCAUCGCAAGAGAAAGACGCCACAUCUUUGAGUCCAGAGGAUAUCCCGUUCGCUCCGACUCAGGCAAUAGUGGAGUGUGUGUCUCAGCCUCAGGAGCAGGAGGAGUCUCUGAUUCCUGAAGCUCAGCUGGAAGAAAUGGACCAGAGAGAUGGUGAGAGCCGAGCGUACCGGCGAGCGUACCGCUCCGAGGGUGGAGCCAUCAGGAGAGGAGUGAUGGCAGGAGCCAGAGGUACGAAGAGCCUCGGGAUGGCUCAGGAUCCCACAGAGAAACAGCUGCAGAGUUUCGCUCCUGGAACUGAGCUGGAAGAAUUAACUAGCAUGGAGGAAGAACCUAACCUCAUCCCUACGUCACCCUCUGCUGUCCACGCCACAAAGUCUUCAUCAUCUGAGACACAACAGGACAGUUUGGUGCAAAACUCUGAUGAGGAAGUUGUUCUGGAUCUCGACCAGAUGGAGAGCCAGGAAGUUAUGGUGUCUGUUCAUGUUAGGCCCACUGUGGACUUUCCUGCUGCUGAAGAGGAAGAGCAGCAACAGGAAGAGGAGGAGGACGAAGAGUGGCAACAGGAAAUGGAGGAGGAAGAGCAGCACCAGGAAGAGGAGGAGGAAGAGCAGCACCAGGAAGAGGAGGAGGAAGAGCAGCACCAGGAAGAGGAGGAGGAAGAGCAGCAACAGGAAGAGGAGGAGGUACAGCAGGAAGAGGAGCUGCAUCAACAACAUGAAGAGGAAGAAGAGGAAGAUGCGCAGAGUGAAGAGCUCUCGAUGCAAACUCCGGGUUUUAUUAGGCAAAGGAAGCAGGUAUCCACUCCUGGUGCUCUGGCCACACCCACCGUCCUCAAAGCUUUGAAUGCUGGUCCUGCGGCAAAGGCCGUGAAGCCACGGCAGAAACGCCAGCCCCGGUCCGCCGGUGUCCUCCCAAAGAGCUACGUCAUGAGCGUGUUUAAACACUUCGCCAAAUCCAAGGUGGCGAGCGACGUCUACCCCGUCAUCAGUGACAUACUGCAGAGGUAUUUCGACCGUCUGGCCGAUGACCUGGAGGCGUAUUCCGCUCACGCAAAGAGGAAGACCAUCGAGGUGGAGGAUGUUGAGCUCCUCAUGAGAAGGCAGGGAUUUGUGACGGACAGCAUGCCGGUCAAUGUGUUAAUCGAGAAGUUCCUCCCACUCGAAUACAGGAAGCUCCUCAUCCCAGUCGCAACCAGUGGAAAUAAAGUUGUGCCAGAUCAACGGAGAUGAAAUAGUACACAGAUCUGUGUGUGUGUGUGUGUGUGUGUGUGUAUGUCUCUCUUUCUCUCUCUCUGUUUCUGUCUGUGUCUCUCUCCCUCUCUCUCUCUCAUUCUUGUCCUAUGAAUCUAAUAUACUUUCAUUCAGUGUCAUGAUUUCCAGUCAUUCUUGUGCAGAAAUAAAUUGACGCUCUUCUGUUUACUCUGCUGAGGUUGCAGGUGGACUUUUUUUUGUUGUUUUCUUGGUGUAAAAAAAUUAUAAAUAAAGCUUUAAUAAUGCUG